AGGAAAAGAGUCUGCAGCAACAGGGAGAGAAGAAGCCAAAAGCUGAGAAGAAAGACAAGAAGGAUCUCGGGAUCAUCACCUAUGAUGUCCCUACCAAACAAGGGGAGAAAAAAGAUGUGACGGGUCCAAUGCCUGACUCUUACAGCCCACAAUAUGUCGAAGCAGCUUGGUACUCAUGGUGGGAGAGCCAAGGUUUCUUUAAACCAGAGUAUGGCUGUCACAGCAUCUCCGAGCCAAACCCCAAAGGCAUCUUCAUGAUGUGUAUUCCUCCACCCAAUGUUACCGGUUCGCUACAUCUUGGCCAUGCCCUCACCAACUCCAUCCAGGACUCUCUGACAAGAUGGCACAGAAUGAGGGGGGAGACCACCUUGUGGAAUCCUGGCUGCGACCACGCGGGCAUUGCCACCCAGGUGGUGGUGGAGAAAAGGCUUUGGAAGGAGCAAGGGAAAACACGGCAUGACCUCGGCCGUGAGCCGUUCAUCGAGGAAGUCUGGAAAUGGAAAAAUGAGAAAGGGGAUCGGAUCUACCAUCAGCUGAAGAAACUGGGUUCCUCCAUGGACUGGGACAGAGCUUGUUUCACUAUGGACCCUAAACUCUCCUAUGCCGUCCAAGAAGCCUUUAUCCAAUUGCACGAGAAAGGGAUCAUCUAUCGAAGCAAACGUCUGGUCAAUUGGUCCUGCACUCUCAACUCGGCCAUUUCUGACAUAGAGGUGGACAAGAAGGAAUUAACAGGCCGGACCCUCUUGCCUGUCCCGGGCUACAAAGAGAAGGUUGAGUUUGGAGUGCUGGUCUCCUUCGCUUACAAGAUGGAGGACUCAGAUGAGGAAGUGGUGGUGGCUACCACCCGUAUUGAGACGAUGCUGGGAGACACAGCAGUUGCAGUCCAUCCCAAGGACCCCCGAUACCAG